UUGAACCGGACGGCGUGUUCUCUGCUGCUAACGUUUUUAUCGAAUAGCAGAUACAACAUCUGAUUGUGGAUGUAUGUAUGUAUGUGUAUAUAUAGGUCUGGUGAGGAGACGCUGCUCCUCACCAGACCUCCUCUCAUUAAAUGAUUAUAUAACUUCUCCAUCAACAGAGGUCUAAAGGUUCAAAGCGUCUCUUUGUCUUUCAGAUCACACAGACGCAGAUACGUCCAUGGAGGGACACACUCCCGUGUCUGAAAACCCUCACGCAGAGUACGGACUGACGGAGAACAUCCAGAGGACGGUGGAGAACGAGAAGGCGGGCUCGGAGAAGAUCUCGAAGCAGAAGGUGGACCUGCAGGCGCUGCCGACCCGAGCGUACCUGGACCAGACCGUGGUCCCGAUCCUGCUGCAGGGUCUGUCGCUGCUCGCCAAGGACAGACCUCCGAACCCCAUCGAGUACCUGGCAGCGUUCCUGCUGAAGAACAAAUCCCAGUUUGAAGAGAGGAAUUAAACUGUGAAGUCAUUUCAUUCAGUAGAAACUACACUGUUGUUGUUGUUGUUUUUGUUUUUUAUUAACCAGAAUAAACAUGUUGACGUGAAA